UUUGUCAAUAAUAAUGCAUAUGGCUUCUCUUUUUUUUUUGCGCAACGCAUAUGGCUACUCAAUAAUCAAUAUAUCCAGACUCUUGACUUUGCAUAUAAGAUCUCCUUGAAUCCACCGGCAAUUAUUCGUCUUUUAUUGCAAGUGUGCUUAUAUGUGUAAACUCUUCCAGCAAACUUCCAUGGUGUUUCUAAGGGGCUGCUAGUUGGAGUUUGAUUUAUAUAGAUUUAGUUGAUUAGAAGAGUAUAUAGACUUGUUGAAUUCGGAAUGAGUUGGAGAAAAUUUUGUAACAAUCUAUAAAAAUAAAUAACUAUAAUAUUUUUUAGAAUCCAAAGGAUAUAUGUAGUAUUUUUUAUGAGUUAAAUAAUUAAGAAUACAAUUCUCAAUAACAGUAACUUUAAUAAAUUUACAGAAAUAUUAAAAUCCAAACUUUCGAAUAACAAAUGAUUUUUAGAUUUUAGUGAGAAUAUGAAAAUCUAUAAAUCAAUAACACUACUAUUUAAAUUCUAAAAAUUAAUUCCACUAACACCUUCUAAAUGCACCAAAAAAUCAAAUAAGUAUAUUAUUUUAAUGGGCCGUGUGGUUAGACAAACUCAUUAACUAAUCAAUGGGCUUUAUUAACAUUAUCUCACUAAUCUAGUCAAUGUAUAUAGAUAUGUAUCUAGCCAAAAAAAGGAAGCAAUCUUAAUUUGUAUCUUUUUGGUCUUGUUAAGACUAAAACAGUUAUUAACACAUCAGCAAUACUUAUCUAAUUAAUUAAUUACAUUUAUUUUUUAAAUAUCAUUAAAGCUUUGAAUGUUUACAACCACACCAUAGUUAAUAAUUACGAAAAUCUCUACAUAUAUUUGUGUAUAUCAGAAACGCAAACGUAGUUGUUACGCAAGCUAACAUUCGGACCUUAUGUUUUCUCCUUAGGUGUUAAGGAACUGAUUUAUUAUAAAGAUAAUAAGGUCCUCACAAACUCUCCAUUCACCAAGACAACAAAAAAAAAAGAUGUCAACAGUUUCACCCUCCUCGCAACUGGUUCAGGUGGUUCCAGACAACCACAACAACACUGACGACUCCUCUGCGGAGGUCAACUACGAAGAUCUUGUCCAGGAAGCAAUGGAGAGCUUGUCCCUCGAGGAAGGCACUGUUGAACCGCAGAUUGGGGAUGUGGGAGACGGAGUCAUUGAUGGGACGACGUCCGAAGGUGGAUACCUGGUGACGAUGAAAUUCGGUUCUCAAGUGCUGAAAGGAGUGCUUUACCAUCAUGCUAAAAGGCCCCAACAAGCCAUGGGAACACCACCUUCAGGCAUGCCACCAGCAUCGCAGCGCCGAGCUAAGAAGAAAGCCAGAGAGACUACUCAAGUUGAUUCUAAGAAACCCAAAUUCCGCAGGAGUGGCUACAAACCUAAGAAACAGGUUUAUCAAGACAAAGGAGUUACGGAUGGGGAGAGGUACAGAACUGAGAUCAUGCUGGAGUACGAGUCUGCACAUGAGUCUGAUGGAGCGUCUGCUUCUGCAGCCGCCACCAUGGCUCAGUAGUCUUUUCUUCUUCUGUUAUGUUGUUGUCUUCUUCUUUCUUUAUUACAUUUCUCUUUCUUCUUUCUUUCUCUGGACAAGUUCUCUUUCUUUUAUAAUGAAUAUUUAUAAUGUCUUUGAUCAGUUUGCAGAACAUGUCAUGUUUAUGGUUGUAGGGUUAGUAAAAGAGGUUACUAACUGCGCAUUUAUGUCUUUCUUGCUAUUUUGAUUCAUGAUAUCCCGUUUGUUUGUU